UCUUCUAUUGCUCAAAUCUCUCUCUCUCCUCUCUCUCUCUCUCGUUUCUUGGAGAAGCUCGGAGCAUAUUUGACUUCACAGUUGCUCAGGGACGUUACUAAUAAAAUUGUGGUCGACCUGACACGUUUUCGUGUUAUUAAUAGCUUAUUUUCUUCGUUUUCUUGGCAUUUUGAUCUCUACACAUUUCACCGUUCCACCACCUGAAAUUCAUUGUGGUCCUAGUGUACACCAGCUUGGUAGUUUUGUCAACUGUUCGGGGCUGAGCAUAGUUUUCGCAAAUUGUUUAAUGGACAAAUACAAGCAAUAUGAACGUGUAUUCAACCACUUCGAUGAAAAUAGAGAUGGAAAAAUAUCGCCUUGUGAGCUUCAAAAGUGCGCGAACUUAAUCGGUGGGGUAAUGUCCUUGGAAGAGGCGGAGACAGCCGUCGUGUUGAUGGAUUCGGAUGGAGAUGGGUUGUUGUGUGUAGAGGAUUUCAUGAAGUUAGUCGAAGGAGUAGAAGAAGAAGAAAAGACAAGAGACUUGAAGGAGGCCUUUAGGAUGUACGAAAUGGAGGGGAGUGGAUGUAUAACACCGAAGAGUUUAAAAAGAAUGCUUAGUAGAAUAGGAGAGUACAAAACCAUUGAUGAAUGCGAAUUGAUGAUAGCUCAUUUCGAUAUCAAUGGGGAUGGACUACUCAAUUUCGAUGAGUUUAAGGUUAUGAUGUCUUGUUGACCUUUGAAUAUAAUUGUCAUCCAUUGGUUUUAUAGUUUUAUAAGUUAGAGAUUCUUUCUGCAGGCUAUUUCCUGCACAUUAUGUUAUUCAUUUGAUAUUGUAUCAUUGAUUAUGUUUUCUAGGGUUUCGUUAUUUUCCACAGGGUUCCUACCAUACUCUUGCUUGGUAGACUGCGUGUCUAGUUUAUGU